AAGUGAAAGAGUUUAACUCAGGGAAGUAUAAUACCUACCAUCAUCGUCUCCUAUUCAUAUUCGCCCUCCGUUCCACAAAACAAAUACGUUGAGGGGCAUUUCACUGAUCACAGAUAGUAAAGUUAGUGUUUUUAUGUGUUGUUCAUUUUUAACAUUAUUUUAAGGUAUAGCAAUGGCCCGGGGCUCGAACGCUGGGUUUGAUCGACACAUUACAAUUUUCUCACCUGAAGGCCGCCUCUAUCAAGUCGAGUAUGCCUUCAAAGCCAUCGCCCAGAGUGGUCUGACGUCAGUGGGUUUAAGGGGGAAAGACUGCUCCGUGGUUGUCACGCAGAAGAAAGUUCCGGACAAGCUGCUUGACGCGUCCACCUUCAGCAACAUGUACCACCUGACCCCCCGGAUUGGCUGCGUGAUGACGGGACACCACGCUGAUAGCCGGUCCCAGGUGCAUCGGGCACGGUUGGAGGCUGCUGAGUACAAGUACAAGUUCGGUUAUGAUGUCACAGCAGACAUGCUGUGUCGCAGAUUGGCGGACAUCUCGCAGGUCUACACGCAAAACGCGGAGAUGAGACCCCUGGGCUGCGUUAUGAUCCUAAUUGCGGUGGACCCCCAUUUUGGCCCCGUGUUGUACAAGUGCGACCCAGCCGGCUAUUUCUGCGGUUUCCGGGCCACCGGCGUCGGCGCCAAGCAGACGGAGGCCAACAGCUACCUGGAGAAGAAGCUAAAGAAGAAGCCGGACCUUACCUAUGACAACACUGUGGAGAUGGCCAUCUCCUGCUUGUCCUCAGUCCUGUCCCAGGACUUCAAGAGCAGCGAUCUGGAGGUGGGCGUGGUCACCAAAGCCAGCCCCAAGUUCAGGACACUCACUGAAGCGGAGAUCGAAGGGCACCUGUCGGCCAUCGCUGAGAGGGAAUAGACGCACACUCAUAUCAGCCAGAGCCACAGACAGACUGACGGGCAGGCUAUAGCGGGGGUUUCCAUAGGAGGUUUUUAAAUGGCGCAAGCCUCUGGUGUCUCAGCACAAUUAAAUGUGUAUAUUCUGGCUGCUGCAAUGUCAUCUGGAUUUUUUUACACACAUGAAAUUCCUAUGACAUUUCAUCCCAACUUGCAUCUAAGUCAGCACCUUGAUUUUCAUAUUCUGUGGGUAUCGAAUAAAGUAGUUCAAUCUGAAUUAUGUCACAAAACGUAUAUUGUAUAUUGUCUUUCCCAAACUGGCUGUUGUCACAAAAUAUUUUUUACACAUUGAUUACCAGAUAGAGAGACAGACUAGCAUGCUAGCAUGCUUACUUACACUAAUUUGUAGUGCUCCUUUAACCACUCUGAGAGAACAUCAAAUGCUUACUGUGAACCAUUUGCAUUUUUACAUCUUUCCUUCCAUAAAAAUUUAUUUCAGAAAACAGAUCAUGAUAGCAUUUCGGCUGUGACUAGUCAAGACUAGCCUGGUGCUGUACUUACACUCAACUUAUGUGUCCGUUAACAUUAAUUAGUACAACUUUAUAAAGCAAUUUGCCAAUUUUGUGUAACAUGCUUAUUGGAAAUUUUAUUUUGACCAUAAAAUUCAGUCAGAUCAGCAAAUAGACUGCGUUACACACAAGGAAAAUUCCAAUGGAACCACAGCCAGUGACUGUUUAUUUGGCAUAAGUGAAAAGUUGUUACAGCUCUUAAUCAUUCUUACUGAAACAUGAACAAAUUCUAUUGAACCACAAUAAGAAGUAAGCUUCAAUGUGUUCACUUGACUUCAAUGACAGGUAAAUCUACACAUUCCCUUCUUCACAUUGUCCGUGUCACCUGUCGUUCCACAUACUAUGGUGUGUGUUUGUGUGCUGAUGACAUUUUGUGACUGUUACCCUCUGAACCACAUGAUCCCACUCAGCCAAUCAGCCUCCAUGUGUGCCUCAGGCUUAUCCUAUUUGUUCAAUGCCAUCUCAUCCGUAUUGUGCCCCAGGAUCACAGUCUUGCUAAAUAAAUCAUCCCCAAACAGGAA